ACAUACGAUCAUAAUGUAACACUUGUAACUCUGACAUACGAUCACAAUGUAACACGCGUAACUCUGACAUACGAUCACACUGUAACAAGUGAAACUCUGACAUACGAUCAUAAUGUAACACGCGUAACUCUGACUUUCCUUUAACUCUUGACUCUGUUUCUGCUAAUUUCAGUUCCAUGUGUAAUCUGUGUUCCAAACCAACUCAAACAGUUGAAUUUGUCCUUUUUUGAUCCAGUCUGAGUUUCGUGUUAGUUUCACUUGAAGACUAAUCCCACAGUAAACAUGAUCCUUUAUUUUGGAAUGACAUCCGCACCAUUAGCACGCUGCUUUGGCCUUAUUCAGUCUCUGUGGGUUCAAUCAUUAACCAGCCGGCUAAACUUUAACUCAGUUUAACGGUCAGACUGAAGAAUGCAGCCACCGCCAAGAUCAAACAGAUCCGGCUUUGUUCGUCUCACCUCAGAGACACAAACACAGAGUGAGGAUGAUGACGAAUGGUUUCAGUCUUCUUCAAACGGAGCUGAACAUGUUGAUAUGUUGAAGUCAAUGUGAAUAAAAACCCAAGAAGAGAGAGGGAAUAGAAAGAGAGAGAGACGGACAUGAAAUCAUCUGCACUUCAUUAGAACAUGUCAGUGGUACGGACACCUCAGUCCUCACCACUGGUCCACAGAGAACGUUCUGGACUGGAUCAGCGACCAUGUAGAGACUUUGAAGUUUGAUGCCCAGUCCCUGAGUCUGGCCUGCUGCACCAUGGAUGGCCCAGCCCUCUGCCAGAUGACCCGGGACCAAAUGGUUUCAGUGUUCGACUCGCAGCUUGGACUACAGCUGCACCAGAGUCUGCAGGAACACAAGACUAAAUAUGAGCUGCAGAGUAUCUCAGGACCAGAACUGAACGAGACCUGCGCGCUGCUGGACCACUUCCUGGACAAUCUCAACUUCCCUCUGCUCAGCACUAUCAGAAUCGGCCAGACAGCUGAAGGAGCCGUCAGCAGGAGAGAGUUUGACUUCAGCGAGAACUACAAUCUGAGCGCUCUGACGUUAGAGACUGUGACGCCGUGGGCGGAUUCUGAGUAUCUGUCUGACAAUCAGUCUGACAGCGAGUUCAGCUCCUCCUCCAAUAGUGGUAUGUUUGGCUUCUCUAACCUCGACUCUCCAGAGUCCGGCAGUGGUGAAUCAGACCCGGAAUUCUCCUACCCACCUAUUUCCAAGGCUAACAUCAAAACAGAGAAAGGAGAGUGUCGCGUGAAACGGCCUCGGGGCCGACCUCCUAAAGUGAGCAGAGAGCACAGCAGCAGCCUUUAUGAGAAUCCAAAGAAGAACAAACAUGCCCACAGAUAUAUAUCUCCGUUACACUUUGACAUCCACAAACACACUUUAGCUGACUGUGUACUCCGUCUGUGUGCAGCUCCUCGAGGCACUCACCUGUGGGAGUUCAUCAGAGACAUCCUCAUCCACCCCGAGAGGAAUCAGGGCCUGAUGAAGUGGGAGGACCGCAGAGAAGGGGUCUUCAAGUUCCUCAAGUCUGAGGCCGUGGCUCAGAUGUGGGGCCAGAAGAAGAAGAACAGCAGCAUGACGUACGAGAAGCUCAGCCGGGCCAUGAGGUAUUACUAUAAGAGAGACAUCCUGGAGCGGGUCGAUGGCCGGAGGCUCGUCUAUAAAUUUGGCAAGAACUCAAGCGGCUGGAAGAUGGAGGAGAUCAGCAUGUGAGAUAUCGAGCAAGAAGAAGAAGAAAUCCUCGUGUGAUCUGAAAACAGAAAACUUUGUUUAAGACACAAACUUCCUGUCAGAGGGAAGGUGUUACAGAAAAUGUAAGCCAGUGUUUUUGGCUCUAGUAGGUUUUAUGAACCAAUAUUAACGUUGAAAUGUUUUUUUUAUUUUGAUUUGAAUCCCUAGAGAAACAGGGACAUUGUUUUGGAUGCUUGUGAGUUUCUGACCCACAGGAGGAUAAAAAACAUUUUAUUUGUACAGAAAUCUCUCCGUUGGUUGAAGUUUGAAUGAUUCCUCAUCAGCACCGUGUAGUCUGUUCUAGUUUACAGAUAUUAAUGACCUUGAAAUUAUCUUUUUGUACUUUGAUACAGCGUGGAAAUAUGUGUUUUUUUAGUCUUCUGGUAAACUGAAGGACAGAGAUGAAUGUCUGCAGCCCGUUGAUUUAGUUACGAUGUGCACUACAUGUCUUCAAGUAUCACUUAUUAUAAAGUGUGUCUACAAUGACAAGAAACUUCUUCACCUUUAUUAUGAAUCAGAAAUCUGUAGCACGUUGUUUGUGCGAUUGUGAUUCACUUAGGACGAAAUCUUCAAUGUGUGUGGAAUAAAUCUUAAAAUACUUUAAA